UUUAGGCCCAAAUCAACCCAAGCCCAGCGUGGCAGCGCCCCAGCCCAUCUACUCCCGAGCGAGAGAGGCAGCGAGCCAUCGAUACAGUCCGUCGGCCAGGCAAAGCGCAGCCGCUGAAAGACCUAAUCCAGCGCCCCCCUGCCCCCCAUCCCCGUCCGGCCAUCCCCAUCCCCAUCCGGCCAUCCCGCCGGGGUCGUCCGCUGGACCGCCGUUCCUUGCCUCCUUCCACCGAGAAGGCGAGAAGAGUCGCCGCUCUGCUCCCCUUCGAGCGCUCCUUGCCUGGCUGGUGGAUCUGCAGCCACCACGAGCCGCCGCCCGCCGGUCGCCGGACGUCCGAACUCCGUAGCCCGGCGGAGAUGAGGAGCUGCUGCCCAAGCUUCUGAAUGGCUUAAUCCCUGCUGAAUUCCUAGUUCGUGACGCCCUUUGGUUUUUGGAACCAAAGAUGAAGAGGAAUGGUGACAUUCAGUCCUUUUUUCGGAAUUAUGAGGCUGCUAAAAGAAAGAAGGUUGCAGCCGAAGAGCAACCUGAAGAUAUAGUGUCAAAUAUUGAAGAUGAAGCAGUCCAUAAUCCACCUCCAGUCCAUUCUGCAGAGAUUGAAUUUGAUAUUGAAGAUGAAGCAGUCCAUUCCGAUGCAGAGAUUGAAAGUGAUUGUGAAGAUGAAGCAGUCCAUUCUCCGUGUGCAAGGCCAUAUAAUAUUCAAAGGCUUCCUCCUGAUCCAAGGGAGAGGAUUCCUAUUUCAGAGUAUGAUGUCGAUGAUCAAGAUGAAGUUCGGAGACGAUACAUUGCAAAGCAAGCAGUCCAACCAUAUGCACACAACUUUCAAGUCAGAAAAAUCUAUGGUAAAAAUCGACACUUCAACUUUGUUUGGUUUGAGACCUAUAAAUGGUUAGAAUAUAGUGUCAAAUAUGAGGCAGCAUUUUGCUUUGUGUGUUAUUUGUUCAAAGGAAAAUCGAAUGGGGGGCCUAGGGGUGAUGCCUUUGUUAAUGGUGGUUGGAAAAAUUGGUAUAAGCCCGAUGCAUUGGUCAAACAUGUUUUCAAUCUUGACUUGAUGCUUGUUAUUCUUGGCUAUACAAAUGAGUUGUCCAAAUCUUUGCAAAAGAGAGAUCAAGAUAUUGUCAAUGCAAUGACACUUGUUAGUUUGGCAAAGAGUAGAAUGCAACACAUGAGGUCUCAUGGUUGGGAAGAAUUUCUUGCAAAGCUAACCUUAUUUUGCAACAAACAUGACAUUCAAGUUCCUUUGUGGGAGGAUAUUUAUGAGCCUAAUCGAAGAUCACGUCGGUAUUAUGAAGUACAAACAAAUGAUGAUCGUUAUAGAAGAGAAGUAUAUCUUGGUGUCAUUGAUCAAACCAUUCAAGAUCUUGACAAUCGGUUUGAUGAGGUUAAUACGGAGUUGCUUAUUUGCAUGUCGGCUUUGAAUCCCCUCAAUUCAUUUGCUUCUUAUGAUGCACUCAAGGUAAUGAGACUUGCUGAAUUCUAUCCCAUGGACAUUUCAAGCACAGAUUUGAUAAGGCUAGAAUUUCAACUUACUAAUUUUAUUGAUGAUAUGAGACAAGAUGAUAGGUUUAGAAAUGCAAGUAAUAUUGGUGAGCUCUCUAUUAUGCUUGUUGCAACAAAGAAGCAUGUUCUUUAUGACUUGGUCUACUUACUCAUCAAAUUGAUAUUGAUUUUACCGGUGGCGACGGCAAGUGUUGAAAGAGUAUUUUCAGCAAUGAAUCUAGUGAAAAAUAAGUUGAGGACUACUAUGGGUGAUGAUCGCUUGAAUGAUUGCUUGGUGACAUUUAUUGAACGGGAUGUGUUCAUGGAAGUAAGCGAAGAUGACAUAGUUAAUGCUUUCAUGGCAAUGCAAAAACGUAGAGUUACCUAGUGAUGUAAGUUUCUACUUAUGCUUCUUUCAUGUAAGACUAUUCCUAUUGUAAUUGAGCACAUUUGAGAUAUAUUUUGUGAACUAAAUUGUUGUGAGAUUUGCAUUAA